UCCCGCUGCUGAUUGCCUUCCUUCGGACUGUCUUCCUUUCGCAAGGCCGCCGCCAGCACCACAAUGACGACGAGUGAAGCCUCUGACUCGGUGUCCGUCAUCCCGCACUCGGCUUCUUGCUCGGCUCGACAAAGCACUCGCAACACGGAAGCAGUCCGUCUCUCAUUCCCCCCUGGCGCAGCAGACUCGACUAAGGAGCUGGCUUCCGGCAUUGUGCGGGGCACGCUGACAGAGGAGCGAGCGGCACACCUGAUUGAAGCAGGGGCUGAUGCCACCGUCCAGAUGCAUUACACCUUAGAGAAAUACCAUGGCGUCCUCCCAUGGUACGGUUUCGUGGCCACCAUGCUCGAGUUAACCGUCUGCUUCUACCCGUGUUGCUGCCUCGACUCCUGCCGUCUACUGAGGAGGCUCCUCAAGGCCGGCGCGGACGUCAAGUCUCUUAAUGGUCGGGUUUUCACCCUUGCGAUCGUCGCCCAGAAGUUCAACGCCUUGUCUGUUCUCGCCGAGUCCAUCGCCGAAGUCCCUCAUCUCAUGCUGCUUGAUGGCUCUCGGCUGGGGCACCGGCACGGCAACUGCAGCCUUCUGUUCGUUCUGCCCGAGGGCUGCACAGCCAUCACACGCGAGCUGGCACACGGUGUGCUGACGGGGGACAUCGACGACGCGGGCGUCGAGCUUCUGAGAGAGCAGGGAGCUGACUCGGCCAUGAAGAUACAGAUGGUGUCGUCCGACUGUCCCAGCUUCUAUGGAUGGAUGGUGCCGCGGGCCUCUCCUCUCGACUGGGUCAAUCUCGGGCCCUGCAGUACCAACCUCAACGAUAACAAGACGCGGUGCUACGAAGGGACUCUCCUUGCGUGGGUAGUCGCCCUCCAUCCAGAGGGGCCUGAGACGCCCGGAGUGCUGCGGGCUCUUGUCAAUGGCAUGGCCGGCACCAUCAGCCGCAACCAGUGGGUGCGUUACUUGACAGCUGCCGCCGCGUCCUGCUCUCACGCAGCUGUCGACUCCAUUGAGAGCAGGAAUUGCCCCGAGAGCCAGCAUGGAGCAUCGAAGCAUCAUACACACUCACGACACGAUUGGCUUCCAUGUGUGAUGGCUCUGAACCCUGUCGACCCCAUGUUUCACAACAGGCGUGAACCAGCCGCUUCGAUGUGUGAGCCAACGAGGUACAUCAUAGGUCCAUGUCCGGCAUCUGGCGUGUCGUCCGUUUGCUCCCACGUCGAGUUGUCGACCUCCACAGCUCUCUGUAGUGCAGUGUCGACUCGAUGGGAGUCAUGCGGUGGUAGGGAGAGAAUGCGGCUCCAGGUGCAGAGAAUGCGCAGCCAGGCAGAGGGGGAGGAAGGGGCAAGACGAGGGUCCGCAGAAUUCGUAGACAUGUCUAGCUAGAGUCCUCUCUUUUGUGCACACCUGUGAUGUAUUUCGUGUGUGGCCUGGUGUGUGGCGCGGGCAUUGCGCUUCACUUUUUUCGUCCGCUCUCCCUGGCAAGAGAGUGUUUGAUUGUAGGCAGCAAGAGGUGAAAGCGGCUAGCUGUCGCGCUUUUGUUAUUGCAUAUUCGUAUGCUGGUCAGCCCACUUGCCGAGACUCGUUGAAUGAAUGGCAAUCACUACUGGCUACGGGGAUGAUUUGCAAGCAUCGGUUGCAUGCUGUGUGUUCAUCUGCUGUCUGCGUGUGUGUGUGAGGGUGACCAAGCUCUCCGUGCCCCUGGCAUUUUGUAGCGCGCUUUAUGAACGCGUGUUUCCGUACAGUGUGUCGUCCCAAUUCGAUGCGUUCGCGGACGGUUCGUAGACGUUGUGUCGUGUGUGUCAUUGCAUGGAUGACUGCCCCUGCCGUUCAACGCUCACUCUUAU